CACAACACAAAACAAAAACACAAGCUAAUGUCAAGGCUAAGGUUGAAGUUUUUUAUUUUUCUUUUGUAACGAUACAGAUUCCAUCGUUACUUCCUUCUUCUUCUUCCAUCAUCAUCAUCAUCAUCAUCAUCUUCAAAUUCCACAUGGCAUCAUCAAUUUCAUCUCAACCCUUCAUCCUCUCCCGCAUCACCAACACAUCACUCUAUCCACCACCUCUCCCCAAACCCAAACAACUUCCCUCUCUCUUCUUCCUCCGCCGCUCCCGUCACCGUCCUUUUCUCAUAUCCUGCCACGUUGACGGAGACGACGUCGUUUCGACUCGUAAUUCGAGUUUCGAUAGAGGCUUUACCGUUAUCGCUAACAUGCUUCGCCGGAUCAAACCCCUCGAUAACUCCGUUAUCUCUAUAGGUGUUUCUACCGCUGCUAAGGAUUCUAUGAAACAGACUAUUUCGACUAUGCUUGGUUUGUUGCCUUCUGAUCAUUUUUCGGUUACUGUUAGUCUUUCUAUUCAGCCUCUUCAUCGGUUGCUUGUUUCUUCCAUCAUCACAGGGUACACGCUGUGGAAUGCGGAGUACAGGAUGUCCUUGACGAGGAAUCUGGAAAUGUCUUGUGCGGAUGGAGUGUCGGAGUGUGAAACGCCUUUGGAGAGUUUGGAGGUCAAGGGUGGAGGAGAAGAACAUGGGAAAAAUAUGAAGGUUGUUUCUGAUUCAGGAUUCAACGAUUUGGAAACUUGGAACAACAGCAGUAGUGGCACAGGAGUCUUUGGAGAUUUGCCGCCCCAGGCUCUGAAAUACAUUCAACAGUUGCAGUCUGAGUUGUCAAACACGAAGGAGGAGCUGAAUGCCCAGAAGCAAGAAAUGAUGCAAUUAGAACAUGACAGGGGAAUUCGGAAUAAUUUACUGGAAUAUCUCCGCUCUUUUGAUCCUGAUAGGGUCAAUGAAAUGUCUCGACCUUCGUCAGUUGAAGUGGAGGAUAUAAUUCACCAACUUGUUCAAAACAUUAUGAGAAGAUUCCUUGUCGACGAAGCUAGCUCUAACUUUAUGGAACAAUCGGUAGAAGGAAACGUAGACUAUCACUUUGACGAUAGUGACGAGCUAAGUGAUACAGUAGCCACUUCUCGCGAUUACCUAGCAAAGUUGCUUUUCUGGUGUAUGUUAUUGGGUCAUCACUUAAGAGGAUUGGAAAACAGAUUGCAUUUGAGCUGUGUUGUUGGACUUUUAUAGAGAGUAAUGGUGGAAGCCUUGUAUAUUCUUUUCCUCUUCUUUUUCUCUUCAACCCCAAAUCCCUAUAAUUUCUUUUUGUAUGACACAAAGUUCAAUGUAAAACUAGAAGUAUGUGAAGGAAUAAUCACCGGCAAUCCUUACUUUA